ACUCCACUUCAUCUUGCAUGUGCUAAGGGUUACAAAGAAAUUGCAAAGGAAUUACUUGAAUAUAAUGCUCGAGUCAAUUUGCUGGACAAUGAUUCAAAGACUCCAUUAAUGAAGGCUAUUGAAGGGGGAUAUUCAGAAAUAGUUAAUCUCCUCAUUGCCUAUCGAGCCGACCUGACAACCAGAGAUAAAAACGGCGAUGCACCUAUACACCAAUCUUUAAAAAAAGGCCAUAUAAAAAUUGCUGAAAUGCUUUUUAAGUGUGGUGUUUCUAUCAAUACAAAAAACAAAUAUGGAAACACUCCCAUACACAUUGCUGUCGAGCAGAGAGAUAUACAUUGCAUCAAUUAUCUGCUGCAAAACAAUGCUCAGCUAGAUUGUGUUAAUAAUGAAGAGAAGACUGCUCUUAUGAUCGCUUGCAUAAAUGGGGAUGCUGAAAUUGUUGAUUUAUUAAUAACUCAUGGAUCCAAUCUUGAUAUCAAGGACACAUCUGGAAAAAUGGCUGAAGACCUGGCUCAAGCUCAUAGAAGCCACGAAUGCUAUGAACUAAUAAAAGAUGCGCGAAAAAAAGAAUAUUCUCAGCAAAUUAACGCCUCUAAAACUAACUACAAAGAUUUAAUUUCUAGCCCGAUGCCAGCUUCCGCUUCUAUACAAUGUUCUAUUCUUUAUCGUGAGCGCGAAGUUGGUGUGAGCAGUCAGAGCCAAGGUGAAUUUGUUAUUCAAAAUGGUGACAUACAUUCUAACAUUGAGCAAGCUGGAAAAUCUGAUUGCACUAAGCAUCCAUUGUCACCCUUUAGUGGAAGCAAACUGCAUAAAGAUAAAUUUAAUCGAAUUUCGGAAGAAGUCAAUUCGGAAAACGUCAUUAAACGACAGAUAUUUCAUAUCCAAGGCGAAAAUACAAUGCUCAUGGAAAGUUUGAAAGAAUGUUAUUCCGGCGAUAGUGAGGGUGAUAACUCAGCGACGGGUGAUGAUUUACUGGAUAUGCCUUCAAGUGAAGAAAGCAGAUUGGAGAAAGAUGAACUCACUGAUGAUCCAGAAAAAGAGAAUAUAUUUGAGACUGAUGGAAGAGGAUUUCUUAAUAAUAAAGACUUAAGCAGACCAGAUCCAGACCGUUACGAUUUGACUUCGGCCUCAGUGAAUGGAAGAUCAGGCCACCAUAGUACCAGAAAGAGCAGCGAGAAAUCUUUAACAGCCUUAGUCAAUUCGACAGGUGGAAAUAGUGCUGUAUCUGAGCUUCUCAUGGCUUCCGCGACGGUUAUAUCAGAGCAUGAUUUAGCUCCUUUCAGGGACCAGGGAGUUGAUGACAUCUCAUUGCAUUCUAUGGCUAUGGCUACUGCUAUUAUAGGCCAAGGUAUUCAGGAUGAUAUCACCAAUGGAAUCCACAGGUCUUCUCUGAAGCCGAGCAGACAAACUGGAUCCCUGGAGACUGAUAGAACAAGCAGAGGCAUUCUAGAAGAGAGCAAGAGCUUCACCCAAAGUCAUCUGCUUGAUAAGAAGGGAGACGAGGCCAAAAGAGGGUCAAGUUCGUCUCAAUCGGAGAAGGAAGGACAUAGCGAGAAAUCUAACAUGGAAAUAAUUGUAAAUAGAUCAGAAAAUCAGGGUAAGCCUUCAUUUGUUGGAAGUGGGUGUCGAUUAAUCCAUCAUAUUUACUUUUCCAUUGUUUAA